GGCAAUGUGGAUUAUCCUUGCUCUGGCUGCCUCCUGUAGCGUCAUGAGUCUCGCAAGAAUCAUGGAUCCCGGCCACAGCCGCCCUCCCCUCCAGCUUCCUUCGUCGCCUUCCUCUUCGACCUCGACGGGUGCGGCCUCGGCUCUCCGCCUGGCCAAGCGGGAAGCGUUCGACCCUUCGUGCAAGGGCAUCUACAACCGCGCCAUCUGGGCCAAGCUCAACCGGGCGUGCGAGGACUGCCAGAACCUCUUCAGGAAGGAACCGGCCAUCUACGACGCCUGCAGGGAGAAAUGUUUCGACACAGCAAUCUUUCCUGCGUGUGUGAUCGAACUCUCUCUCAAUCUGAACGAAUACAUGUUCGAAGCAGAGUUAAUUCGCGAGCUUUAAACGGAAGAUGCUAAUGGCUUGCAGAUUCACUCGGAAACCAGGAUGUGAAAUGAUAUCGAUUUAUGUAAUACACGUUGGGUAUAAUUUUUUACCGUAUUGAAAGUAAAUACUGUAUUGUGGUUGUAGGUUAGGCUAAUGAAAGGCCUAUUAAAUGAAUGUUAACUUGGAUUUAUAUGUACACAAAGUUAAAUGGUGUAUCACCAAAUGAUAUUUCAAAUAAAGUUAUUGUACAUUAGA